UGCGGCCCAACCAUUUUGUUGCUAUAUAAAAAGAAUAAAGCGUUACACUGGCGUCUGACCCUAAUCCCUCCAGUCAGACUGAGGCAGAUAGAUCGCCAUUGGUGGUGGGAGAGAUCUGAGAGAGAUUUGCAUCCGCCGCCCCCUUUCACUCCUAGGAAACUCCGUCCUGACCCCACUUCCUCCCUUUUUAUAUCAUCCAAGCCCAUCCCCACACAAUGACAUCCCUUCACAUUGCCCUUCUCUCCCCAUGAACGGCGCCGUUUCAACCCCCUCGGUCCUCACCCUCACGCUCAAGAACAGGCGGGCCCCACCAAACUCCGAUCAAGACGCCGCAGCCGCCGCCAGUACCGACGUCGAUAUGGGAAUGGCGAAGAAGGGCCACCUCAGCAACAUCGCAGCUCGCGCCUUCUUCAUGACGUGGACGGCCGACGACCUCCUACACGUGGCGAGGUUCCAUUGGCUGCCUUGCGUGUUCGCCGCGGGGCUGCUGUUCUUCAUGGCCGUGGAGUACACGCUCCGCAUGGUGCCGUCGUCGUCGCCGCCUUUCGAUCUGGGAUUCGUUGCCACGCGCCACCUCCAUCGCGUGCUCGCCUCCUCGCCCCACCUCAACACCUUGUUCGCUGCUCUCAAUACGGUGUUUGUAGGGAUGCAAACGGUGUAUAUACUUUGGACGUUUUUGAUUGAAGGGCGUCCGAGAGCCUCUAUCUCAGCACUCUUCAUGUUCACAUGCCGGGGUAUUCUAGGCUAUUCCACCCAGCUUCCAUUACCUCAGGGUUUUCUGGGAUCGGGAGUGGACUUUCCGGUGGGGAACGUGUCCUUCUUUCUGUUCUUUUCGGGUCAUGUUGCGGGGUCAGUAAUUGCAUCUCUAGACAUGAGGCGAAUGCAGAGGUUCGAACUAGCAUGGACUUUUGAGGUGCUCAAUGUGCUGCAAGCGGUGAGGUUGCUCGGCACAAGAGGUCACUACACCAUAGAUUUGGCCGUCGGUGUUGGUGCUGGAAUUCUAUUCGAUUCCCUUGCCGGCAAAUAUGUAGAAAGCAAGAGAAAAGAAACAUUUGUAGCUGCUGCACCUAAUCCUUCUAAAACAAUUACAACUACUAAAGAAGCUUUCUUGACGUAAACAAGAUGGCACAAGAAAAUUCCUAGUCUAGAUCAGAUCAUAAGCGACAGUUGUUUAGCUUGCC